CCGUCCGACUUUCUCACGUUGUGCAAUUGAAAGUGCAGUGAAGAAAUUGAAUUAUUAUUUACUCGAUAUAGCCAUCAGAAUUUCAAUAUUCGCGGCAAUCGUAUCAAUCGUAUUUCGUCCUUUUUGCAAGCGCUGCGGUGUAUAUCUGUGUGAGUGUGUAAACCUAUUUUCCGAGUUUCUUUUGAAAAUUGGUUUUCCCUUUUCCUUUUUUGCGCAAAAUCACAACAGCGUAAAUACAAACGGAUUUUGUCAUGUGAAAGUUGGACGUGCAUGAGUUCGGUCGCUUUUUCAUUUUCGCUCGGCAACAAUUUCCACUUCAAAAAGGGCUCCAGUGUUAGAACAGAAAAACAUUGAAUAAAGUGAAGUGGGUGCGUGCGGAAAAAUGGGUAUCAAUGAUUCGGAUUCGUCGAGUUCGAAAUUGGAUUUAAAAUUGUUUCAACAGAUAUUCGAAACGGCCGAGCCAGGUGUUACCAUUGAUUCAUUGGAGGAAGCGCAAGGAUCAGGUAGAGGCGAUAACUAUACAGCCGCCCUGUAUCGCAUUCUGCUGAAGGGUUACCGAACAAAUCAGGAAGGAAAACGGAUCAAAUGGGAAAAAUCGGUCAUUUGCAAACGUCUGCCUGACUCAAAGGCAAGACGUGAAGCUUACCGAAGCGAGGAACUGUUCAGAAACGAAGUUGAAUUUUACAACCGAAUUUUACCGGACCUCUUAAAAUAUCAACAAAAGAAAACCAACGACGUUCUGAGAGCUAUACCGCAUUGCUAUCUGGCUCGCAACGAUCUGGUCGUAUUGGAAGAUUUACGUGUCAGGGGAUUCGAGAUGCCGAAUAGGCAAGAAGGCCUAACGCUGGACCAAACGUUGGCUGUGCUUAAGGAACUUGCUAGGUUCCACUCAUUGAGUCUGUCGUAUAAGGAUCAAAAUCCUACGGAGUUCAAUCGGCUAAAAAGUCAGGUAACUGAAGGAAUAUUCACCGAAAGGAACUUCGAUUGGUAUCGGAACUACUAUGAGAUCUUAACGAAAAACGCUAUCGACAUGGUGUCUCAAACACUAUCGCCACAUUCAACGUAUGUGGAAAAGUUGGAGAAAUUCGUGGGAAACAAUUCGUUUUUUUCGAACAUGGUGGAGCUGGUCGGUCGCGAAACGCCGUUGGCAACACUUUGCCACGGUGACUGUUGGACGAACAAUUUCCUGUACAAAUACGACGGAAACAACGACAUAGCCGAGACUUGCUUGGUAGAUUUUCAAUUGAUUCGAUAUGGUUCACCGGCCCUGGACGUUUCAAAUUUGAUUUUUUGCUGCACCGACAAAUUGUUGCGACAGAAUAAUAUGAAAACGUUUCUGGAGACGUACUGCAAAGAAUUGGUAAGGUCUCUGCGAACGUUGGGACCGUUACCAUCAUUUUGUAGCACAGAGGAGCAACUAUGGACUCAAAUGCAAUCGGAGUUUCAAAUUUAUGCCAAAUUCGGUCUCGGACUGGCAAUUGAUAUUUUGCCCAUCAGCACUUGCACUCCCGAAGAGGCUCCGGAUCUGUAUUUGGUUCGAAAGAGCGGAAAAGAAGAGACAAACGGCGCACCGGAAUUGGAUGUACCACCGAACGAGAUCUGUCGACGGAAAAUGACUGACAUAGUUAUCGAUUUAGUGGAUGGCGGAAUGCUUUGAAUUUUUACUUAUUUAUUUAGUGAAAUGUGAUUGAACAAAAAGUGGAUGUCGAUAUAAAUGGGUAAUCAGUGUAAUCAGAACCAAAUCAAUUUAAUUGACAAUAAAAUUAAGAAUUUAAAUUGGUAAUACCGCGAAA